UUUUAAGUGAGGACCAACUUGUAACUGUCACUCUUUCGCUCUUUUUAGUAGGAGACGAGUUUUGUUAUGUCAACAAAGCAUAAAAUUCGAUUCAGCAGGUAGUUGUUGUUUGUCGGUUUCGCAUUGAUGUCACACGAAAACAAAUUAGAAUACAGUUUUUUGAUUUCCAAUUUUAAGUUUCAAAAUUUAUUAAAGUAUAAAAAAUAAAUGAAUCCUGAAGUUUUAUCCAAUCAAAUGCGAGAACUUGAGCAAUAUGAGAUUAUACAUGACAGAGUUUCUUUUGUCAGUGAAGAUGGCUGUUCUGAAUUGAAACAAAAUGUGAAGGAAAAAGACGAUGAAAAGAUACAUUCCAACUAUAAUUUUAAAUUUGAAGAUUACAAAGUAUUUUUAUCAUCUGAAGCCUUUUAUUGUAUUGCCCUGUGGUAUUUUUUCAGCUUUACAACUUUAUUUUUAAAUAAGUAUAUAUUAUCUUAUGAACAUGGUGAUCCAACUCUUCUAGGCUCUGCUCAACUUUUAAUGUGUGGAGUUUGUGGCUAUUUUCAUUUACGUUUUCCAUGUGGCUUAUACAAAACUGUUAAAUGGGAGAGAACACCCCCAAAGUUUUUCCGCAACAUGCUUUUUGUUGGAAGUCUCAGGUUUUCUACUUUAUUAAUGGGUUUGAUAGCCUUGUGGUUUGUGCCUGUUUCAUUCGCAGAAACUGUUAAGAGUUCUGCUCCUGUUUUUACUGUACUCUUAGCAUGGUUAUUGAUGAAUGAGCAAACUAGCUGGCUGGUUUGUUUGUCCCUAUUACCUAUUAUGGGUGGAUUAGCUCUAUGUAGUAUUAAUGAGCUUAGUUUUAACAUGUAUGGAUUUGUUGCUGCAAUGGCAACAAAUUUAUCUGAAUGUAUGCAGAAUGUCUAUUCUAAGAAGCUCAUUAGUAGUGAAAAGUAUUGUUACAGUCCACCAGAGCUACAAUUUUACACAAGUUUGGCAUCUAUGUGUGUUCAAGUUCCUGCCUUAGUCUUAUUGAUAGAUAUUCCUACUCUUCAAGCAACUUUUACUCUUCAAAUGCUUUUACUUCUCAUAAUUAAUGGCAUUUCAUUUCAUUGCCAGAGCAUCACUGAAUAUUCUUUGCUAACUUAUAUAUCACCUGUUACACAUAGUGUUGCUAACACUGCUAAGAGGGCACUAUUGAUAUGGCUGUCUGUGAUAACUUUUGGAAACAAGGUAACUUUUCUUGGUGGUUUAGGAACAACAAUUGUAAUUGUGGGAGUUUUUGGAUACAAUAAAGCUAAACAGGUAGCUCCAACCAUCACUGCUAAUACAAAGAGUCUGAAAGUGGUACAUUCUAUAUGAAUUCACAUUUACAGUGAAUCUAUAUUUUCUUGUGAUAAACAUUCAUUACACAAAUAGUAGUUAAUUUAUAUUUUGUUAAAACUGUUUUUUCUUAUAUAUUGAACAAUGCUUACAUAUUUAAAGUUCUGAUUUGUUUUGACGUUCAAAAAAUAUCAACUGCACAUUAUCUAGUUCAAAUAACUACAGCAAUAAUUAUAUAAAAAAUAUAUAAUAAGAAAAUUGUGUAUGCUUAAAUAUUUCAGUUUUGUGUAUAUUGGGCAUAUUAUCAAAAGAAAA